AGGGUCCAAAGGUCCAGAUCAUGACAUAAACUCACCACGGCAAUUGUCGGGGCAUGCCUGCUAGCGAUGCUCUUCUGCCCUAUAACAUCACUGAGGCGGACACCUCUGCAUGCAUCUCAAACACCGGAAUGCGUAAUUAUGUGUCGAGGGACGUCAUUUUAGAGGUGUGGUGUGGCUGGUGUGGUUAGAUGUUGAUCCAAUGAACGGCCGAUUGACGUCAUUCGGUGAUGCAGUCUGGCUGAUGAUUUACAGGACAAGAUAUUGUUAGGAUUCCGAUGGGAAGAGGAGAUAUAUUUAAGAGUGGCUUCUUUCCACUGAUUCUAGUGUUAUUCAUCUGCUACCUACAAGAUAUCAAGCCUCAAAACAAAUCUCAAGACACAAACACCACACCAUUAUAACACCAAAUUUACUAUCAUGAACAACAACAGCAACAAGAACAGCAACCCAGCCGGCAACGUCGGCGAAACGGUCGGAGGAGGUCUUAACUUCCUCACCAGUACCGUUGGCAAUACUGUCGGCGGCUUGGGUCGCACAGUUGGGGGAGUCACCGGAGCCGCAACGAGAGGUCUGGGCGACACCGUAACCUCCGCGACUGGCGACGCUGGCCGUCCUCUCGGAGACGGAAUCGGCAAUUUGGGAACUGGCGUUCAGGGCGGACUCGACAGCAUCUCCAAGGGUGUAGAGAACGCUGGACAGUGGAAGAAGCAGUAAAGAGCACAACGAUAUCAAGAUAACUUUGGGAGUUGAGGAAGGAUACAAUUACCUGGGACUAUCACGACGGAGUGUAGGAUUACGAUUUGAGUUAAUAUGAACACAACUUCCAUUAAACAUAACACUCAUCUAUUCGUGACAUCAGUACGCAAAGUUGCGUUGCCGCCGCGUUUCGCGCCC